AUGUUCUUAACAUUCAUUCUUAUUUCGGUUGUCGUAUGUUUGACUGUUCUGUAUCUAUGGACAACAAACAAUGCUUACGAUUAUUUCAAACGUCAUGGUAUUCCGGGACCGCCACAUCGGUUCUUCUUUGGACAUUACAAAGAAUUUUGGGGAACAAAAUCGUUUUCAAUCAUGAUUCAGCAGUGGACAAAGCAGUACGGGUCUGUUUAUGGUUUAUUCAUGGGUACGAAGCCGAUGUAUGUUGUAUCGGACGUCGAUUUCAUUCAGGAAGUUUACAUUAAACAAUUUUCAUCGUUCCACACGCGACUCGUACCGAGUAUUUUACGUGUACGCACCGACAGUAAUAUCCAUCUAUUUCGUGCUACUGGAGACUCAUGGCGUCGUCAACGACAUAUUAUUAAUCCGACAUUUUCAUCUGGAAAAUUGAAAUUGAUGUCCCCAUUAGUAGAUGGUUGCAUCGAUGCCCUGCUGACAAAGUUAUCUGAAGAGGUAACGAAUGAGCAUACAGAAAUAAAUAUUUAUGAAAUGUACAAGAGAUUGACUAUGGAUGUAAUUUGUCGUUGUGCAUUUGGCAUUGAUACAGAUAUGCAAAAUGAUCCAAACAAUAUGUAUCUACAAAAAUCAGCUGAGGUUUUCAAAUCAGACGUCGAACAAAUGGUACUUUUUAAGAUAUGUAGUGUGAUGCCCAUCUUCGCGAAGCCUAUACAUGAUGUUAUAUUUGGCAUUCAACGUAUCCAGAAAGCAUUUACCCAUUCGAUUCCGAUUCUGAGCAAUUUUGAACCACAUCCAGCUCAAUGGCUGCUCCAACGUCUAGACGAAGUACUUCAACUUCGCUAUCAGUCUAUGUCAAAUCCACAAAAGCGCAUUGACUUAUUACAACUGAUGAUCGAUGCAGCACGUGACACUAAGACUUUGAAUGAAACAGAAGGACAUGGCGAAUUAAAAGUGUUGAAACUCAGUGAAAUCAUUCCUAACAUUUUCUUAUUCAUGAUUGCUGGUUAUGAAACAACAUCGACUGCUCUGGCUUAUUCGACCUAUGUACUUGCUACACAUCCUGACAUUCAACGACAGCUUUUCAGUGAGAUCGAUCAGCAUCGCAUCGACCACAAUGAUCACGACGCUGUUUAUGAUACAGCAAUGAAUCUGACUUAUCUCGAUUUAUUUGUCCGUGAAGUACUUCGUAUGUAUCCUAUAACCAGUAAAGCGAUGGCACGUGAAUGUAACACAACCACUACAGUUUGCGGUCACACUAUCGAAGAAGGUAGUGUAAUUCAGCCUGAUGUUUUCACCAUUCACUACAAUUCUGAGCUGUGGGGCCCAGAAGAUCCAAACAUCUUCUAUCCAGAAAGACAUGCCGAGAAACGACAUCCGGCUGCAUGGAUACCAUUCGGUAUUGGCCCGAGAAUUUGUAUUGGUAUGCGAUUUGCACUGAUGGAACUGAAGAUGUGUUUAAUUCGACUAUUGAGAGAAUAUGAGAUCGUGGCCAGUGAUCGAAUCGAAGAAGGAUUUCGACGAGAGGAAAGACUGGUCAUUCAACCAGAUGCGAUAUUUGUCAAAUUACAAAAACGUUCUUCUUAA